AUUUUAUUAUGGUGCAACAUUUGUUAUUUGUACGUCAACAAUAUUUUAGGUUAGGCGUCGCAUCAUAUUUGUUAAGUUUUGUUUUUCUUUCUCGUAUUAUGUAGUAUUGGUGAUGCAAAAUGAGUUCGCCCAGUAGAGAUAAUGAGGAACCGUCAUCGAGUACGGCGCCGGCCGACGAGGGUCCAGGCAGCAGCGGCAGUGGCGCGGAAGCCCGGCCGCCCGCCAAGCGCAGGAUGUCCAGCACAGUGAUCGAGAUCUCAGACACGGAUACGGAUGACUCCGACGUGUGUGCCGUCAACUCUUACCAGGCCUCCGCUGACGAAGUCAAGAGGAUUCGCGGAGCAGACUACUCGUCAUCCUCCUCGUCAUCGGAGUACAGCUCUGAUUCGGAGGCAUCCUGGGAGGAUGACUCCAUACUGGUGGAGGAUGAUAAGGCUGAUGUCAAAGCUGUUAAAGCACAGCUGAACCCCAGAGCUAACAGGAUGGAUGACCCAAAGUUUAACCCUAAGAUUAAGGCACAAGAGUUAAUAGACAGAUUACAAUUAAAUUGGAAAGAACAGAAAGAUUUCAAGAGUCCAGAAGUUACCCUUACAUGUGAACCAUUUAGACUGUGCCUGCUGCACGACUUCCUGGAGAACCCUGAGAUGAUCAACAACAUAGUGGAUGACAUGAACACGUUGGACUGGUCCCGCAAGAAGAUGGAUCUGUAUGAGUUUCACCAGACUGCAGACUUGGCCAGCCUCACAUGGCAGCGGAGCAUCAGAGGCAUUUAUGAGCUGCUCAAGACUGAAGUCAUGAGCUGGGUGUCGGCGGUGACGGGGCUGCGGCUGCGCUCGGUGUCGGCGUCGUGCUCGCUGUACGGGCCCGGCGACCACCUGCUGGUGCACGACGACCUGCUGGCCGACCGCCGCGUGGCCUUCAUCCUGUACCUGGCGCCCUGGCGCCCGCCCGCCCCGCAACACGCGCCGCUAGAGAACGGCGCCGGCGACCGACAGGCGGCGGAGUGGGGCGGCUGGUCGCGCAGCAUGGGCGGCGCGCUGCAGCUGCUGGCGCGGGACGCCGCGGGCCGCCCCACAGAGGUCGUGCACUCCACCAGCCCCAGGAACAACAUGCUGGCGUUCUUCAAGGUCGGCCACGAGUCCUACCACCAGGUGGAGGAGGUGUUGUCCCUGGAGCUGCCGCGCCUGUCCAUCAACGGUUGGUUCCACGGCCCCGAGCCCGAGGACGAGCCCGCGAUGGAGCCCGAGCCGCCGCCGCUAGAGUUGCCCACGCCGCAGCCACCGCACUCUGAUAUUGUUGUUUUGAAUCAGUGGAUAGAGGCGACGUACAUGUCCCCGCGCAGCCGCAUGCAGAUCCAGACACAGAUGGAGCGCGAGAGCGAGGUCUGCCUGCGAAACCUGUUCCUGCCCGAAAAGGUGCAGGAACUGAUGGAGGCUCUCGAGGAUCCAGACGUGCAGUGGGAGUGGGUGGGGCCGGCCGACCAGCGGCGCUACCGGCGCGUGGCGGGCGCGUGGCUGGCGGCGGGCGGCGCGCACGCCGUGCGCCAGGCGCUGCUGCUGUUCUCCAGCGCCGCCUUCGUGCGCCUGCUGGGCGACUGCACGGACCUGGCGCUGGCGCGGCUGGAGCGGCCCGAGCUGCAGCGCUGGGGCCCGGCCGACUACACGCUGCUGCCGCCGCGCGCGCACUACGCGGCGCCGCGCCUGGACGCGCUGCUGUACCUGGGCGCGGCCGGCGCGCUGUGCGGCGGCCACACCACGUACGUGGCGCCCGAGGACGGGGGCGCGGGGGGCGCGGGGGGCGCGGGCGGGGGCGCGGACGCGGCGCUGGUGAGCGUGCCGCCGGCGCACAACGCGCUGUCGCUGGUGUACUGCGACGCGGGCGCGGCCUCGUUCCGCAAGUACGUGAGCCGCCUGACGCUGCCGCCGCAGCGCUGCUUCUACGUGCUCAGCUGCGUCUACCGCGAGUAG